ACAUCAAAAGAUGUAACAUCAUAUACAGCAGCCAUUGAAACAUCAACGUCGAUACCAUCUUCAAUAUCGAUAUUAUCAACUUCAAACACUCCAGUGCCUACUACAACAAUAAAAGAUGUGGCAUCAUCAACAGCAGCCAUUGAAACAUCAAUUUCGACAUCGUCAUUAACAUCUUUAUUGUCAGCUUCAGACAGUCCAGUGUCUACAACAACACCAAAAGAUGUAGCAUCAUCUACAGCAACCAUUCAAACAUCAACGUCGAUAUCAAGUUCAUCAUUGACAUUAUCAAGCUCAGACACUCCAGUGCCUACAACAACAUUAAAAGAUAUAACAUCAUCUACAGCAGCCUUUGAAGCAUCAAUGGCGAUAUUCUCUUCAUCAUUGACAUUACCAAGUUCAGACACUCCAGUGCUUACAGCAACAAUAUCAAAAGCUGUAACAUCAUCACCAGCAGCCAUUGAAACAUCGACGUCGAUAUCAACUUUAUCCUUGACAUUAUCAAGUUCAGACACUCCAGUGCCUACAACAUCAUUCAAAGAUGCGACAUCAUCAACAGCAGCCAUUGAAACAUCGACAUCGAUAUCAUUUUCAGCAUCGAUAUUGUCAAUUUCAGACACUCCAGUGCCUACUACAACAUUAAAAUAUGUGGCAUCAACACCAGCAGCGAUAGAAACAUCAACGUCGAUAUCAUCUUCAAUGUCAAUAUUAUCAACUUCAGAAACUGCAGUGCCUACAACAACAUUAAAAGAUGUAACAUCAUCGCCAGCAGCGAUCGAAACAUCAACGUCGAUAUCAUCUUCAAGUUCAAAUUUAUCAUUAUCAAGUUCAAAAACUCCAGUGCCUACAACAACAUUACAAGAUGUAACAUCAUCAAUAGCAGUCAUUGAAACAUCAACAUUAUCAACUUCAGACACUCCAGUGCUUACAAAAACAACAUCAAAAGAUGAAACAUCAUCUACAGCAGCCAUUGAAACAUUGACAUCGAUAUCAUCUUCAGCAUCGAUAUUAUCAACUUCAGACACUCCAGUGCCUACAAUAACAUUAAAAGAUGUAACAUCAUCUACAGCAGCCAUUGAAACAUCAACGUCGUUAUCAGCUUCAUCAUUGACAUUAUCAAGUUCAGAUACUCCUGUCGCAACAACAACAUCAAAAGAUGUAACAUCAUCUACAGCAGCCAUUGAAACAUCAACGUCGAUAUCAUCUUCAAUAUCGAUAUUAUCAACUUUAGACACUGCAGUGCCUACAACAGCAACACCAAAAGAAGAUGUAACAUCAUCUACAGCAGCGAUCGAAACACUAACGUCGAUAUCAUCUUCAAUAUCGAUAUCAUCAACUUCAGACACUCCAGUGCCUACAAUAACAUUAAAAGAUGUAGCAUCAUCUACAGCAGCCAUUGAAACAUCAACGUCGAUAUUCUCUUCAGCAUCGGCAUUAUCAACUUCAGACACUCAAGUGCCUACAACAUCAUUAAAACAUGUGACAUCAUCUACAGCAGCCAUUGAAACAUCAAUGGCGAUAUUCUCUUCAUCAUUGAAAUUAUCAAGUUCAGAAACUCCGGUGCCUACAACAACAACAUUAAAAGAUGUAACAUCAUCGCCAGMRCCAAUMGAAACAUCRAUKUCGAUAUCAUCUUCAACAUCGAUAUUAUCAACUUCAAACACUCCAGUGUCUACAACAUUACAAGAUGUGGCAUCAUCAACAGCAGYCGUUGAAACAUCAAUGUCGAUAUCAUCUUUAACAUCUUUAUUGUCAGCUUCAGAAACUCCAGUGCCUACAACAASAACACCAAAAGAUGUAACAUCAYCAACAGGAGGCAUUGAAACAUCAACGUCGAUAUUGUCUUCAAUAUCGAUAUUAUCAACUUCAUCCACUCCAGUGGCUACAACAUCAUUAAAGGAUGUAACAUCAUCGACAGCAUCAAUCGAAACAUCAACGUCGAUAUCAUCUUCAAUAUCGAUAUCAUCAACUUCAAACACUCCAGUGCCUACAACAACAACACCAAAAGAUGUAAUAUCAUCGCCAGCAGCGAUCGAAACAUCAACUUCGAUAUCAUCUUCAAUAUCGAUAUCAUCAACUUCAAACACUCCAGUGCCUACAACAACAACACCAAAAGAUGUAACAUCAUCGCCAGCAGCGAUCGAAACAUCAACGUCGAUAUCAUCUUCAAUAUCGAUAUCAUCAACUUCAAACACUCCAGUGCCAACAACAACAACACCAAAAGAUGUAACAUCAUCGCCAGCAGCGAUCGAAACAUCAACUUCGAUAUCAUCUUCAAUAUCGAUAUCAUCAACUUCAAACACUCCAGUGCCUACAACAACAACACCAAAAGAUGUAACAUCAUCGCCAGCAGCGAUCGAAACAUCAACGUCGAUAUCAUCUUCAACGUUGACAUUAUCAAGUUCAAAAUCUUCAGUGCCUACAACAACAUUUAAAGAUGUAACAUCAUCAGCGAUUAAACCAUCAACGUUGAUAUCAACUUCAACGUUGACAUUUUCAUCGUCAGUUACACCAGGACCGACARCGUCAACAACARCACMUGUGACAUCGUCAAUGAAGUCAUCGUUAUUGGCAAUGACAUCAACGCCAAUUCUAUCUGAAUCGCCUCUAUUACRAACCGUCGCAACAUUAGCAACGGUGACCUCAAGUAUCACUGWGUCCACAAGUAUGUUGGUUGUAGUUUCAUCAACCUCAAAUGUCAAACCAUCUGAGAAAGAGUCACUUGAAGCUGUUGAAUUAUCCUUUCAUGACAUGACUUUAUCAGAGUGGGAACAAAAUGGAUACGAGGAGAAAUUGAAGAGUGUUCUCGUCAAUAUCAUCAAUAACUAUUGUCACAAUGAAUCUACGUCGAAUCAAUGCGAUACUUUGGGAUCUAAUCGGAGAAGGCGCCGCGCAGCUGUGACCGCACAAAACAUCACCAAGGAUGACAUAAUCAUCUUACCGGGGUACCCCAAGGAAGAAAAUGGUCARCUCACCGUCGCCUUCUAUAUUCGCCUAAAGGUUGCGCUACAAUUCCCUGACGCCAAUCCAUUGUCCAAAGAAGCAGUGAUCGCUGCUAUCAAUGCUGAAAAAGUCAAGAUCGAAAUAGCAUUAGGCAAAAAGAUUUCUAGAAUAUUACCACAUAAAACCACGUCCGARCCUAAAAAGGAGGAUAGUUCGAAUCUUGGGUUGUCGCUUGGUUUGAUUUUUGGAAUACUUUCAGUGGUAGUAGCUGUAGUAGUUGUCAAGGUUUUAAAGAAAAAGAAAGUAAUUUGCUACCAAAAUGGAGCCGUGUCACCAUCGCKCAAGACUGAAAAUCCAGAAGAAAUACCGGUUGCAAGGCUCAAUAACUACGUCGGUGAGAAAGAAAGAAGUUUGGAUUUGGAAGCUGGUGCAAACUGUACUCAAGAUCACUCAAUUUAGUAAAUGUAGUACUGUUUAAUCUCCCGUAACUGGAAAGGCAGAAAUUAGUGCCCGUUGGCGGAGCUGUCCGCCUAAUAGAAAGUGUGGAUGCAGUGUUUUAUAUGGAAGAAAUAUAAAAUCGAGGUGACUGAGGUGGUACUGGGAAGCCAUAAGAUUGGAUACUCGUAAGGAUAUUCGCGAAAAUAUAUACACAGAUUGAGAGAGAAAAGCUAUUUUUUCUAUAUCCUAAACGGAUCUCUUGGGACAAAGGAACUUAUACCAAUAAAAAUCACA